AAAUGGCAUCACACAAUUACGAAUAUACUGCUCAAAUAUCACCAACAACGAUGACUCAAAACACAAAUACUCCAAGUGAUACUUCAAACGGUCUAAAUCUCACAAAUACAUCACAGCAACAAAUUACAAACUCCGAAUUAGACACUUUACAUAGUCCUACAACUCAACUAAUACUUAUACCACAUCAACAGUCAUCGGUUGUCACAAUAGACUCAAGUAUACCACCAAACACAACCACAACUGCUGUCACAUUAAAUGACGUGACAUGUUCUUCUCAAGAAUUGACGGCAACUAUGCUGGUUAAUCAAGAACAAUUACCAGUAUUGGUUAUAAACCCGGGUACUGUUGCUACGUCAAACACUUUAGAUACAAAUUCAAAUCAAAUGUCAAUAACUGACGUAUCACCGAGCGUUUCAUUGCCUCCUCCUCCUCCUUUGGUCCAUAACACUGCAAAUUUGUUAGAUCAUCAAUCCUUAUCUCAACAAGAUUCUCGACCUCAACUAACUAUUGAUACUUCUACAAAUGUUUCAACCCAAGAUCUUUAA